UGGUUGGAUCUCUCCGCUACCCUUUCUCUCGGCGGUGGGUCGGAGCCUGCUGUCCCCCGGCCUCCUCGCAUGUUUCCCCUCUAAAUUCCUGUUUUGAAUUUGAAGCCCCUUCUCUUGUAGAUUUCAUUUUUACACGCCUCUGUUCUAGGCCACACAGUCGGGCGUCCACACACACACAAACCGGUGUUUUUUGUUUUUUAUUUGUCCCAAAUAUUACCUCAAACCUCCUCCAGAACAUGGCCGUGGUGGUGAGCGGAUCGUCGUCUGGGCCGGUCGCCCGGCUCGAGGGCCGUGAAUUCGAAUACAUGAUGAAGAAGCGCUCGGUGACCAUCGGCCGGAACUCGUCUCAGGGCUCCGUGGACGUGAGCAUGGGCCACUCGAGCUUCAUCUCCCGGAGGCACCUGGAGAUAUUCACCGCCAGCGACGACGGUGGCGGCGGCGGAGGCACCGGCAGCAGCGGGGAUUUCUACCUGAGAUGUCUCGGUAAAAACGGGGUGUUUGUGGACGGAGUGUUCCUCCGACGAGGCGCCCCCCCUCUGCAGCUUCCACGAAUGUGCACGUUCAGGUUCCCCAGCACAAACAUCAAGAUCACGUUCACGGCCCUGUCCAGUGGGAAGAAAGUGAAGCGUGAAGCUCCAGAGUCCCCAGUGAAACCAGUCCAGCCCCACAUCUCCCCACUGACCAUCAACAUUCCAGACAACAUCGCUCACCUCAUGAGCCCGCUGCCGUCGCCCACCGGCACCAUCAGUGCUGCUAACUCGUGCCCCUCCAGCCCGCGGGGGGGCGGCUCGUCUGGCUACAGGAUGGGCGGACGCAUGGUCAGCUCUGCAGAGCUGCAGCUUAUGAACGACAACUCGCAGCCCGAGAACGACAAAGACGCCUCCGGAGGGGACAGUCCCAAGGACGACUCCAAACCUCCGUACUCCUAUGCACAGCUGAUAGUCCAGGCCAUAACGCUGGCUCAGGACAAGCAGCUCACACUAAAUGGAAUCUACAAUCACAUCACAAAGAACUACCCCUACUACAGGACCGCAGACAAGGGCUGGCAGAACUCGAUCCGUCACAACCUGUCGUUGAACCGCUACUUCAUCAAAGUGGCGCGGUCGCAGGAGGAGCCGGGCAAAGGCUCCUUCUGGAGGAUAGACCCGUCCUCGGAGGGCAAGCUCAUCGAGCAGGCCUUCAGGAAACGAAGGCCGCGGGGCGUCCCCUGCUUCAGGACCCCACACGGACCCCUCUCCUCCAGGAGUGCCCCGGCGUCUCCGAGUCACUCGGGGGUUCUCUCCGCUCACUCCAGCGGCGUCCAGACCCCCGACAGCCUAUCACGAGAGGGCUCCCCGGUCCCCCUGGAGCUGGAGAACUCCUCGGCUCUCGCCCCGCCGACCGCCACGGUGGUCCAGCCCAAACUGGCGGUCAUCCAGGAAGCACGCUUUGCACAAAACACAGGCUCGCCUGUGAACAACCAGCCGGUACUCAUAGCAGUCCAGCGUCAGUUACCUCAAACCAUUAAGCCAGUGACCUACACCAUGGCCUCCCCAGUGAGCACCAGCACCUCCCAGCCCGCUAUCCAGACGGUCCACGUCCUGCAGCAGAUCCCGGUCGGGUCCCUCGGCUCCGCCGUCAUCGCCCAGCCGGCCGCCAUCAUCAAGAGCGAGCCGCUGGAGAACGGAGAGCACACGGGGCUCAAAGUCAAAGUGGAGGCGGUUCCCACCAUCACCUCUAUAGGCGGCUCCAGUCGCAUCAUCCAGAGCUCCCAGCCCGGCGGGCCCCUGCAGACUGUUACCAUCGUGCAGCAGGCCCCCAUCGGUCAGCACCAGCUGCCCAUAAAGGCCAUCACACAGAACGGCACCCACAGCAUCACCACUGCCAUCCACGGACCUGCCAGCUCAGCCGUGGCGAGCCCCCUCCACCUGCUGGCGGCGCACGCCUCGGCCUCGGCCUCCCUCCCCACCAAGCGACAGAACGGGGACCAGCUGGCCGGCGAGCAGCCCAACGCCAAGCGCAUCAAAUCGGAGGACGAGGCGACCCGCGGCCCCGUCAGCGCGGCCGACUCGGACUUGUCGGCAGCUAACGGCCCGGGCCUCAACUAGUCUGUACCACUACGCACCACACAACCCCCCCCCCCCC